GUCUUGUUAAUGAUAAUGGGCUUCGAUAUCAUAAACUUUUGGGCCUUUCCGCGAAAAAAUAAAUGGAAGAGUUGAGAGAGGAAGCGAGAGAGAGGGACUCGAGGAAAUGGCCAACGAGACUCACACCGAUGACUUAGACGAGCUUCUCGAUAGCGCCUUGGAUGAUUUCAAGGAUCUCAAUCUUACUCCAAGAACUGGAGGGGUAGUAAAACAAGAUGGUGAUAAAAAAGAGACAGAGUCAUUGCCGAGUGGUGUUCAAGGUCUUGGGAUGGGGUUACCAGAUAUGAGGAGCAAGAAGAAAGGAAAGCAGAAGAUUGCAAAAGAGGACCAUGUUGCUGAGGCUCUUGAUAAACUCAGGGAACAAACCAGAGAAACUGUGAAGGGACUCGAGUCUUUGUCGCCGAAGCAGCACCCGACAGGUUCUGAUGAUGCUAUGGUCGAAGAUUGGAUCAAGCAAUUCGAGGAUCUUGCUGGGUCUAACGACUUGGAAUCAAUAGUGGACACGAUGAUGCAACAACUAUUAUCUAAGGAUAUUCUUCACGAACCAAUGAAAGAGAUAGGCGCAAGAUACCCGAAAUGGCUAGAAGAGCAUGAAACCAGUCUAGACAAGGAAGAAUUCGAACGUUAUUCGCGUCAAUAUGAGUUAAUUAAAGAACUCAAUUUGGUGUAUGAGAACGAACCAAACAAUUCAACCAAGAUCAUGGAGAUAAUGCAGAAGAUGCAAGAGUGUGGACAACCACCAAGUGAUAUAGUGCAAGAGAUGGAUCCUGGCUUUGAUUUCGCUAGUCUAGGCCAAAUGUCUCCGGAUAUGCUCGAGUCUUCACCAAAUUGUUGUGUAAUGUGAGGGAAGAAACAAGUCGUAGAACUAUUUGGCUUUGUCCAGCCAUUGGAGACCAUGUUUUUUUUUUUUUUUUUUUUUCUCAUGCAUGUUUUUAUUUUCUUACUUAAUAGUUAAUACUACACUUAUUCUCUAUUUGGUUCUGUAACCUUGUAUGCGUAAAAGUUUUAAUCCGCUCAUCCAGUUCA